CUAUCUCACAUCAAUGUUCAAUGAAAUUUGUUUUAGUUUGAGGUUUUGAUGUGAAGAAAUGUGAAAAAUAUUCAAUAGGGUGUGAACACCUUUGCAUGGGUCUGAUGCAUCCAUGCACCCGUCAAACCUUCAUUCUGCGUAUAAUACUAAGACAUAGCUGAACCAACAGUAUUUAACCAAAUCAUUAAAUAUCUGAUUUUUUUUUCUUUUUUGCUUCAGUUACCAUAAACUCUUCCCAGGCUUUAUGAUAACGUGCCUUUUCACCACGUUUCGCUUUCACACCCCGAUGCCAUUGAAAAAUAAUUAACUCCGUCCUGGUUCAUGCGCCUCGGACAAACCCUAUCAUAUCCCAUUUUGUCUUUUGUGCUUGUCUUUUUGUUCAUCUGCAGGGUUAACAAAAGGGCCGGUGUUUGCCAAAAGUUAAGAUCCUUCUUCCUUCAUGAUACAAGACUUAAUAUGUUACCUAGUGUAGAUAAAGUUGGGAAUUUCUCUAAAGGUCACCUUCCAUCAGUAUUCUCCAAAAAACAGACAAAAUGAUUUUAUGUGACAAUAGCAGUUGAUUUAAGUUCAUAUGUUCACAGAAAGAAUGAAGAAGAAAGUUUCAAAGUUUUUCAAAGAUAUUUUAAAGUAAUCUCUCCUGUCCUCCAACAAAGUAUAAAAAAAAAAUGUAAUAAGCAUAUACUUUAAUAUUAAACUAGCGUUUCGGCAUGUACAAUCGUUUAUGCCACUACCGUCAGUUUCCUGGUUACUUUAUGGCACAAAGUUAAACUUUGGGUGAUGCACACGUUCAUGUGAGGGGCGUUGAUGUAGGUGGUGCAGGCAGAGACGACAUAUAAGCUGCAUGAGCAGGUCCUCCAGGUGUCCUCCUGCUGCAGAGAGGAAGCAUCAGGCAUCAUGGACUCAAAGAGAUGGCUGCUGGCUCUCUGCUUCUUCUCGGCUUCAGUUUUUAGAGCAGGUGAAUCUCUGGGAACAACUGAGUCGCUGAAAUACACUUGCAAGACAUUCGGCAGUGGGGUCAUCAAGGCUUUCAGAGGUCCGCCUUUCUACGUGCGCUCCAACUGUCCGUUCACCUUCGCCCGCUUCACCCACAACCGGGUGGAGUGUGACAUCACCAUACGGCGAGGCCAAAACGGCUUGCUGGACCUCCUCGAGAUCAUCAUCAACAAGGUCAAGACCGUUGUGCAGAACGGAAACAUUCUGGUUCAGAAGAACAGCGUUUCCCUUCCGUAUGACCACACUUACCAGCACAUAUUUCAGUACGGCAUCUACACCAGGCUGAGGAGCUCCUUACUCCCCCUGUCUGUCACCUGGCAGACUGCAGCUGGAGGAGGACUCGUCAGUGUUUGGGUUGAGCUAGACCAAGAACUGAGUUCUGACCUGAGUGGACUCUGCGCAAUACAAAACUUAGUGGACAACAUUGAGCAGCUGGUGGAAGAGUAUUUGAUUUCUGACGUCACCUGUUACCUUCAGGAUCUCCUUCCUCCUUUCAACCCGCUUUGCAGCGAGUUCUUCUCACACGCACUAGAUUGUCUGAUGUUCACAACCGCGAAGUACAUCACCCUGUGUGAUCAAAACACUUACAACUACGAAGGCAGCAACGACGUCACGUGCACAUUCUUCAAGGAGAUUGCCCUUAUGUGUGGAAGAAGCAGUCGCCUUUGGGACUUGUGGAGAACAAUCACCAACUGUGCUCCACCAACGUGUCCUGGAGAACUGGUUUACAUUGAAGAGGGUUCUCCCUUCGUGCCAAGCUGCUCAAACCCAGACCUCAGAUUAUCCAGCCUGGAGACCACUAGUUCCUGUGUAUGUCCCGCAGGUGAGUUUCUGGACGAUAACUUCAGCGAAUACCAGUGUGUGAGUCUCUCCAGUUGUCCCUGUGUGUUCAAUGAUAGGGUCUACUCUCCUGGAUACAUUCGCACCACCAAGUGUCAAACAUGUCAAUGCAAUAGUGGGAGGUGGCAGUGCUCUGGAAACUCCUGCCCAGCCAGAUGUCUCAUUGAAGGACAGUUUGUGACAACGUAUGAUGGCAAGCGAUUCACACUUCCUGGUAAAUGCACAUACAUGGCAUCACAGGGCCCUAACUGGUCAAUUAGAGUUGAGUUUUCUCCAACAGAAGCAUCUUUGAAAGCUGUACAUGUACAGGUUUUCCAGGACAUUUAUACAUUCACUCUAAGCAAGGUAAAAGUAGGAGAACGAGAGAUUACUGAACUCUACCAGUCUGAUCAAGUCCUCGUUUUCUGGAAGUCCUCGAUGUAUGUUGAAGUUCAUACGCCAUUUGGUCUGAAGCUCCAAGUCCAGGUGUUCCCUGAAAUCCAGCUGUACAUCACGCCACCAACGCUGCAUUCUGGUCUGAUCUCAGGUCUUUGCGGCAACAGAAACAAUGACACCACAGACGAUUUCAACACCAGCAGCGGGAUCAUCGAGAGCUCUGCCAAGCUUUUCGCUCUGUCCUGGAGUUUGAGAGGUUGUCGAGAAAACAUCCCCAACCCCUGCAUCAACACCGACAAUGAAAUAUUUGCAGAUGAAAAGUGCUCGGUACUGAAUGACCCUGAUGGGAUAUUUGCCAGGUGUCACGCUUACAUCCCGACCGAUCAGUACCACACGGCUUGCAUCCAGAGAACAUGUAACUGUGGCAACAAUCUGCUGCGGUGUUUGUGUGCUUCUUUGGGAAGUUAUGCUAAAGCCUGUGCUGUUCUGGGUGCUGAGCUCGGGGACUGGAGGAGAGCCACCAACUGCACUCUGAAUUGCCUCAAGAACCAGGAGUUCUCCUACAGCGUCCAGGCCUGUAACAGCACAUGCCUUUCCCUGUCCGGCCAUGAUCCCCGCUGUGAGCUGGACAAUUCUCCGACGGAGGGCUGUGGCUGUCCAGAAGGAACCUAUCUGAACCAGGAAUAUGCCUGCAUCCCAAAGGGGCAAUGCAUUUGUUACCACAGUGGUGGCAUGACACCCCCAGGACCAGUAAUCAUUGAUGGACAACAGUGUCUUUGUGAGGAUGGAAAACUGCACUGCUCCAAGGACUGUGGUUGCAGUAACGGGAAGGUUUGUGUUCACUGCUCCGAGUCUGCAGAGACCACUGCUCAGAAAACCUGCGACAGUCUCAGUAAACCUUUGGGUGGCAAUGCAACCUGUGAGAGUGGCUGUUACUGCCCUCCGGAUCUCUAUGAGGACCACUAUGGGAGAUGCGUUCCCAGAAAUAAUUGCACUUGUGUGUACAGUGGAGAAGUGUUUGGUGCAGGAGAGCUUGUCAAAACUGACUGUAAAACAUGCGCCUGUGUUCAGGGCCAGUGGAGCUGCGAAAGUAAGGCAUGCUCAGGAAAGUGCCAAGUUUAUGGAAAUGGACAUUACCAGACUUUUGAUUCUAAAUGGUAUCGCUUUGAUGGACACUGUCAGUACAGGCUUGUGGAGGAUUACUGUGGGAACAUAAAAGGUUCCUUCUCUGUCAGAGUAGAGAGUGUGCCCUGCUGCGAUGAAGCACUCACCUGUUCUCGUACCAUCGUUCUGGAUGUGGAGAACAAAGUCAGUCUGACACUUAGCGACAUGAAGGUGACCAGACAACUCCAAAGUGGCUGGACUCUGGAACAAGAACCCCUUUACACCAUACACACCGUUGGACUCUAUAUAAUAGUCUCAGUGCCAAGCAAAGGGCUAACUCUCAUUUGGGACAAACACACAAGGAUCACCAUAGAACUGCAUCCGUACUGGAGGAACAAAGUCUGUGGUCUCUGUGGCAAUUUUGAUUCCAGUGAGAUGAAUGACCUACAGAUAAGUGGCUCAGCCGUGGUGACCAGUCCGCUAGCUUUUGGCAACAGCUGGAAGACCACCACUCCUCCUUGCUCAGAUGUGACCAUGGAGAUAUUUCCUUGUGAACGUAACUCCUACUGUUCCGCCUGGGCCCAGCGACGCUGUAUGAUCCUUAAAAGAGACACAUUCAAGGACUGUCACUUAAAGGUGGAUCCAGAACCCUACUAUCACGCAUGUGUACAGGAGUCCUGCUCCUGUGAGUUUGAAGGAAAGUUCUUGGGUUACUGCACGGCAGUGGCCGCCUAUGCAGAGGCCUGCAGCGAUCAAAAUGUUUGCAUAAACUGGAGGACGCCUGAUUUGUGUCCUGUCUACUGUGACUACUACAACGAGCAAGGCCAGUGUACGUGGCACUAUGAAGCCUGUGGAAGGAUGCUGACCUGUGGCAAAACCAACUAUUUUCAGCACAAGUUGGAAGGCUGUUAUCCAAGAUGCCCUAGGGAGAAUCCAUACUUUGAUGAGAAUACUGGUAAAUGCACUGAAUUGAGAAAUUGUCCCUGCUAUUUCAAUGAAACCAUCGUCCCACCUGGGGGUGAAGUUAUUAUAAACUUUGUUGGCUGUACUUGUGAAAGUGGAACUAUCAUUUGCUCUCCUACAACAACAUCGUCAACAUUUGCCACUGAAACAACUGCAACUUCCACAACUCCUGUAACACUGAUUACAACUAUCAGUGUCUUGACUGCUACUGACACAUUGCUCACUAGCGCCACCUCUACACCAGCAACUUCAACUUCUACAAGUAUAACACUGGGAACUGGUGUUUCUACACCGGUGAUGCCAUUGUCUUCAAGUACAACGAUUCCUACUCCAGUAAUGACAACGUCCUCAAGUACACUGACUUCAGUAUCUACAAAGGAAACCACAAUGAUGAAUAUUGAAACUGGACCCUCUACGAGUAGUCCUCCUACAACAUCGUCAACAUUUGCCACUGAAACAACUGCAACUUCCACAACUCCUGUAACACUGAUUACAACUACCAGUGUCUUGACUGCUACUGACACAUUGCUCACUAGCGCCACCUCUACACCAGCAACUUCAACUUCUACAAGUAUAAUACCGGGAACUGGUGUUUCUACACCGGUGACGCCAACGUCUUCAAGUACACUGACUUCAGUAUCUACAAAGGAAACCACAACUGUGAAUAUUACAACUGGACCACCUACGAGUAGUCAGCCGUCACCCACACCCUGUCUCUGCAAAGACCUGAAACAGAAAAAAAGCUGGGCUUGUGGUGGCACUUGGACAGAGGACUGUUUUAUUAAGAGGUGUUUAAAUGGAAGAAUAGAGUUUCUCCCUGUGGUUUGUCCAAAACCUGUUGUUCCUAAAUGUCCAAGGAAUAAGUUGAUACAGAUCAAGGAUGGAUGCUGUGAAACAUUUAGGUGUGACUGUCUCUGUGAGCUCUAUGGAGACCCUCACUACAUCUCUUUUAAUGGCUUAUCCUUUGAUUUCCUGAAAAGCUGCACCUACAUUCUGGUGGAAGAGCAGUCACCACGCUACCACCUGACCAUUGCGGUGGACAACUUCGACUGCGUACAAGGCUCCUGUGUCAAGGGAGUUAUUGUUAACUAUCAGAACAAUACUGCUAAACUCAGUGUCAACUAUCAUGCUGUUGCUGUUCAGGCAACUCUGAACAAUGAAACUGUGCAACCACCCUAUGAAAAGAAUGGAUUGAGAUUUGAAACCACAAACUACGUAGUGUACAUCUUAUUUCCUGAGAUCCGCUCUUACAUCUCCCUCUCUCCGUCUUUCACCCUCGUGGUCAAUCUUGCCAUGGAAAACUUUGUCAACAACACCCAAGGACAAUGCGGUGUGUGUGGUGGUGCCUCGUGCAUCCGUAGAGGAGGACAGAUCGAGAACGACACCUGCUGCGAAAAGACGGCCUACGACUGGGUGUACCGUGACCCUUUGAAGCCCGAGUGUUUUUCAACACCAGCAGAUGUACCGUGCGAUCUUGAACCCCCUGGAGAACCCACUGGGCCCCCUCUUACCUGUUCUCCAAACUCGCAAUGUCACCUGCUUGAACAUCCAGUGUUUGUUAACUGCAACAAAUAUGUGGACAUGCGUACCAGGAAGAAGAACUGUGAGUUUGAUUCAUGUUCCACCCUAAAUAAUUCUUGCUCUUCUUUGGAACAAACCGCUGGGGAAUGUAAACAAGCUGGUUUCUGUAUUCACUGGAGAGAACUGACUAAUGGAAAUUGUGAUGUGAAAUGUCCCGGUGAUUUGAUCUAUGAAGAAUGCCGGAACAAAAAAGAUGACUUCUGCUUUGGAGGAAUCGUUAAUUCAGGGCCCACUCUUGAAAAGACCACCUCCGGUUGUUUCUGCCCUCCAGGACUUGUCAGGGCAGGAAACCACUCAAAUAUUUGUGUGAAACAAUGCAAUUAUUGCAAAGGACCACUUGGAAUGCCGAAAUUCCCUGGAGAGGUGUGGGAGUCUAAUUGCCACCUGUGCACAUGUAACAAUCAGACUUUGACAGAGGAUUGUUCUCCAAAAUCUCUUUUGCCAACGCCUGACUGUUCCCCAAAUGCCAGCUUGGUGAACACCACUUGUUGUGGUGAUCCGAUUUGUGUUGAGAAAACCUGCAUCUACAGUGGAACCAUAUACAAAGUGGGAGAGACAUGGACAGACCCGGAUGACCACUGCAUGUCCUUCAUCUGUACUGCUUAUGGCAUUCAGAGUGAACCAAGAGUCUAUCCUUCAGAUAUUUGUCCUGAGGGUAACACGACUUGCUGCUCCACCUGCAACCAGACCUGCGAGCCCAAACUGUCCAAAAUGAACGUCACCAUCGAUGACUGCUCCGCCGUCAUCGCAUUACCCGUGUGUGAGGGCCGCUGUCUGUCGGAACCCUGGGUGUCGGCACACGCGUAUCUGCAGGUCAAACAGGACUUCCGGUGCUGCCAGGAGGAGAGCUCAGACCUCCGAGUUCUGGAUGUGAAAUGCUCGGACCUCUCUAGCAGAAAAUAUAACUACAAGCACGUGACCGGCUGCGCGUGCAAAGCUUGUGGUUCCCACUGAAGAGCGACGGCAAUCCACGUCUUUACACUUUUCUAAUAUGAUUCUCUUAGGCACGAAUUUAACGGAUGAUUUUAAGAAAAUGUUUUUACUGAAAUGAAUGUAUUUACCAUCAAUUAAAAAAAAAAAAAAAAUCUACUAAUCAUGAAAGCGUGUGCGUUUUAUUUAGCAUGUUUGCCUGCACUGCAAAGCAAAGCACUGUUUAAUAAAAUAUU